CUUUGCGUCUCCAGGAAGCGAGCCUUACUGUGCAUAGACAAGUGAGCAAUGAAGCUGGUAAGAGUUUGAUGCUUUUAUUUACAUAAUCAUGCCUCCCAGUGAUGUAUUGCAAUGUAUUGAUUUCUGUUCAUUUCAUGUAUUAUUGUGGGGCCUGUCAGUGGGCACAUGGUGUCUGCAGGGUAUACUGACUGCAGCCCUGAGCUCUGCAUGUGCUCUCCAUGUAUUCCAUGGGAUCAUUGCUGGAGCACACUGGAGGCUAUUAAAUCAGCAAUCACCAUGGAAACCAGCAAUCACCAUGGAAACCACCAAACCAGCAAUCACCAUGGAAACCAGUAAUCCAGCAAUUACCAUGGAAACCAGCAAUCACCAUGGAAACCAGUAACUCAGCAAUCACCCUGCAAACCAGUAAUCCAGCAAUCCCCAUGGAAACCAGUAAUCCAGCAAUCACCAUGGAAACCAGUAAAUCAGCAAUCACCAUGGAAACCAGUAAAUCUAUGUGGUUCGGUAAAUGGAGUUUACCGAACAAACUGUCGAACAGCCAACCACCCUGCAUGUGGCGUGUGCUGCUCGUUAACCACCCAGAAGCUGUGGUUAGCAGCAGUUUAACUGACAAACGGCUGGGUGGCUGGCGUUCCUAUAAGCGAACACGGUGGUGGCCAUUUUGUUUAGCCGAACACGUGCAGCUGUGUUUUGACGUUGAACGCCUGGAACUUUUCGGCUACUAUUUCCCACGAACACCGCUGAGACUUUCACUUUCCGUGUGUUCGGCUAAAUACAUACGAACAGAGCGCUAUUUCUUGGGAAUAAACUACAGAACGAGACGCUUUCAAUGAAAGUAUGCACGAACUGAUCCGUUCAUGCAAUUUGUACAUUAUUUGAAGGAGAAGAUAGACCGGCAGCACAGCCUAAAUCUGUGGAAUUAUUUUGGGCAUGAAAGCCAUGCUUGCGGUCGGUCAAAUAUGACUUCCACAAAACUUUUGAACCCAUGCUCUGAUCUGGGUGAUUUUUGGAUAUGCUGUUCUCCCAGAUCAGAGCUAUCCAGGAUAUAUAAUAUAUUUAUGUGGAUAUGUUGGUGUUUUGGGUAAAAAUUGAUAUUUUCUGCCUGUGGAUAAUUAGGUUAUUACAUUAGCUAGCUUAAUUAUAUCACAGGCAGAGGAGAGGGCUUGCUGACUGUAUGUGGUAGUGUUACUAUACCAAUUAUUGUUCCUAUAUGUUUAUGUCCCUUUUUUGUCUCAAUUUACCAUCAGGUCCAGGGGGUGUGCCUCUGGCCUGAAAAUAUGUAUAAAAGAAAAGAAAAGCCCUUGCACUCAAUAAACCAGACCUUCUUACCCUCAACUCACAACCUCGUCUUGUGUUGUAGGGAACAGCUAUAUCACACUGGGGAUUGCUAUACUCUGUAUACUCCCCUGGAUCCCUGCUAGCUCUUGUAAGAGCUCUCUUCAGCUAUACUCUCUUGGAGGAGAGAUCCUUCCCACACGCUCCUGGAUCCAGAGGUUGGAGUCCUAGGGUGGGAAGGAGACGGCGAGAUCCCAAUCAAGCUACGGCGGUUCGUGGAGUCUGUGGUUCUUCUGGUGUCGGGUGCGGUGCUGAUUGUCCUUGAGAUGCGCUAGGAGCAUCCGUCAGCGGAGGUGUCCUUUACAGUAGCGUUACAUAUAUUAGUGGUGCAUUUAAUUAUGCAGGGUGUUGCAGUGCUACUAAAUAUGUUGGCACUAUACGUCCAGUCACUUGCAGAUAUAACAGGAAUAUCACUUUUAUAGUGUGAUAAAGGACCACAAACGGUACUUGCAAAAUUUAGUGGAUUAAUCAAGACGUGACAAACCGGCCUAAUCCUGAGAAUGAGUGGAAUUGUAUUCUUGAUUGAUCAGACAUGGUCUGUGAAUAAAUUGUCAGUCCGCAUUUGGGGGCCUUUGCUGACAUGACUGAGUACAAUGACACACCUAUUCAAAUUAAAGUUUUCUCUAUGUAGCCAUGCUUGCAUAUUAUAAAACCAUUUUAUAGUCUAAAAUCAGCAGUGCUACAUGGUCCUCUAUGGAUUUUUUUUUGAUUUUUUUUUUACUUUUGGUUACCAUAUAUAAUGACAACAAACAAGUGUUCUCUUAAAUAAAACCGAUGCCAAUGGGAAAAAUCACUUUUAGUGACCACGCACCUCUUAACCAUCACUGACAUCAAAGGUUUUAACGCAAAAAUGUACAGUGCAGUAAGAUCUGAAAAGGGAAUAUGUUUUAAAAUGUCUUUAACCUAUAUAUACUUGGUUGCCGUACACUUCCUAAAUGCUUAAUUUUUUAUUUUUUUUUUAUUUUUUUCAUUUCUAGGCUUUGUGUUUUUAUUCUUUUAUUUUUAACUUUUCAAUAAGCAGAAAAUGUCCAUGAUUUGUUCUUAUUCAGUCCUCUUCCCUGUGAAUAGAUUCUGUUUUAUCAAGUGGUUGUCUCCCUAUUUAAAUGAAAUUGAAGCAGGUCGUGUAAAGGGCAGCGGGGACUAGUCCCCGAGAACAGAUCCUGGACAGGUUAAGUGCAGUAAAACCGUUGGGCAGCAGUUAAUGCACUGAUAAUGGGAGGUCAGCGAUACAGGAGCUCAGCUAUAGAACACAUUAGCCUUUAGUUCUCCGUCCUGUCACCAGGCCAGCUCCAUCUUUUCAUCUCGCCGAAAGCAUUCCUUCUCUGCUGAUAUUCAGAGCACAAUCUUUAAUAUUUAAAAUUUCUAUUACUCCAAGCUGUGAACAGAUUUCUCACGGAGUGUGUUUUUUUUAAAUUUACCUUGUUUCAGUAUUGCCUUUCGGGACAUCCUACACUACCAUGCAACAUCCUCAAAUUCAAGUCCACCACCAUCAUGCUAGACUGCAGUUUGGACAUGACCUCGUCUCUCAGCUUCCUCCCGCUGCCUCUGGUCCACAGGUAUGUCACCUAACAUGUGGGUCUGUUUUACAGUUGCAGUUUGGCUGUUGGUGAAUUGCUGAAUUAGUGUGUAAAUAUAUAAAUAUUUGGCUGAUUUGAACAGCCGUCACAUGUAACCUCUCAUAUUCCUCCUAGACAAUAUAGAUCAGGGUAGGCAACCUUCCAGAUGAUAACCUUCCAUAAUGCUGGCAAAGCAUCAGGGGAAAAUGUAGGCCACAACAUCUGGAGUGCUGAAGGUUGCCUUCUCCUGAUAUGGACUUCUGAUCGAUUUUAUUAUUGGGUUGGACUUUCAAGACCUACCUUGAACGAUCCAAUUCCAAGACGAACGCAAGUGUGGAUACAGGUGGUCCUCGUUUUGCAACCUACCUGUUUUACGACGGCUCACACUUACGACCAGCUCUCUCGCGGGGUGGUAAGUGCGAGCCAUCUUAGGAAUUAGAGGGACUCCCUGAUCUGCUGCGUUCGUCUAUGUUCGGGGACAUUUCCCAGAACAAAGCGUUUUCCUGGCACUAUAGAAUCCUACAGUGCCCCAGCUCCCACAGCGCUGAAGGGGUUAAAACCCCUUCAGUCACUUACCUGAAUCCAGCGCUGGGUCAGGCUCCGCCCAUGGUCAUCCCCCACCAUCACGUCAGCCGGCGGGCGAGACAUACUGCGCAUGCGCAGCAAUGGCUGCGCUCACAUUAGGAUUACCCUAUAGGAAAGCAUUAUUCAAUGCUUUCCUAUUGGGGAAAAAUCUGAUGCUGUAAGUCCCCAUGCAGAGCGUGAUAAUGGACCAAAGGUUUGUUUCAAACCAGGAAGCCCUCUAGUGGCUGUCUGGUAGACGGCCACUAGAGGUGGAGUUAACCCUAAGAUGCAAUUAUUGCAGUUUUUUUAGUAACUGCAAUAAUUACUAUUGCGGGGUUAAUUGUGAUGGGACAUUGCAUCCAGAUCGCUUCAAUGAACUGAAGUGGUCUGGGUACCUACAGUGUCUCUUUAAGUGAAUAACCUUGUCUUGUUAGUGAUUUGCCAAGCAAAGCGUUUCAAUUCCUUGAUAUAUAGGCCAUCAUUGCAUUCCUUAUGGCUUCAUGGAAAAAAAUAAUUAUUAUAUAAAGCAUUUCAGUAUGAAAAUGUUUGAUCCAUCACAAUUGCCACACUAGAUCCUAAGCUGCACCGCAUGCCUAGUAAUUUAUACCAGUGCCCUUUAAAUUCCAACUGUAAUGUAUCGGACAGUGUGAGAACCGCUCCUAUUGGCGUUCUAAUUCUUCACACUUCUAAUCAGUCAGUAUUCUCCUGAUGCCUGCAUUAUUGUGCAAUAUUGACUUAUUGAAGUCCCUGACACAAGGAGUGGGAAUAUGUCAGUUUUAAAAAUAUUUUUUUUUUAAGUAGUAAGGUUUUAAUAAUGUGUCAUGCACUAGUCCAGCACAAUAUCAUGGCACGGAAAUUCCUACUGCAUUUUACAUAUUUUUAAAAAAAUUUUUUUUUUUUUUUAGCAUUAAACGAGUCCCUCUAUGAAUGUACAAUUUAGCUCAACUGAAAGGUUUUAUAUUUUUGAAUGUUUACAAUAAUCUAUGUAGUAUGUGUUUAGAUCAUGCCACUGCAGUCUCACUGCUCAAUUCUCUGCCAUUUAGGAGUUAAAUCACUUUGUUUAAACAGCUCUAGUCACACCUCCUUGCAUGUGACUUACACAGCCUUCCUAAACACUUCCCGUAAAGAGAGAUUGAAUGUUUACACUUCCAUUUUAAUGCACAUUCUGUUUAAUUUUGAAAUGUCUUGUAUCCUGCUGUAAUAUCUUGCUAGAUCCUGCAGAAGCCUCCUGUGUGUAAAGUUCAAUUUACAAAGCAGGAGAUAAAAACCUUUUAAAGCAAGUUAGCAUCUGAUUGAAAAUUUUAUUUUUAUUUUUUCCUUUUUCUUCAUGCUGUCUGUGUGACUAGGGCGACAGAAACAAAAGUGAUUUUAACUUCUAAAUGGCAGGGAAUUGAGCAGUGAAACUUCGGAGGCCUGAUCGAUACACAUAAACUGCUUCCUUUAGCUAAAGUUGCUUUGGUGACUAUAGUGUACCUCUAAGUGUUAGUCCUGAUCUUUAUUUCUCUUGUAUAGCCAGGGGCUAGUUACAACCCUGGCACCUGCGACCUAGGCAGCUCACCACUCUUUUCCAGGCUGCCUAAUGUUAAUUCUGUGCACCAGUUGCAUCUGUAGUCAGAACGCACGACCGAUGUAAUGAGCUUCUUCCCUUGCAAGUGCACUCCCAGCUUAAAUCUCCCUUUGCCAACUUUCUCUCGUUUGUUUCCUGCCUCACUAUAUUCUUCGCUUCAUCUGUUUUUGUGUUUUGUUUUUAAAUUUAGUUAAUUUUAUAUUUUUGAAUUAUUAAUAUUCCCUCCUUCCCGGGCCAGAGCUUGAGAAUGGUCCAAGUAAAAGCUUCUUUGCGUAGAGAGUCAAAGGGUAUAUGAAUGGAUACCAGUAUCAAAAGGAGUAACUGUGGCUUUUUGGUCAAAAUCAGGUUGUUCUGUAUUCUUUUCAGGAUCACAAUUUUCAUCCUCAGGACACUCAAGUGUACACCACACGCCAUGCCAUAUAUCCUCAGUAUCUGAAUCCUGGGAUCUGUCUCCUCUGUUCCAUAUGGGGCAAGCUGUACCCCUAACUAAAUUUUGAACAUUCUUUUGCCCAUUCCAUUUAUUAUGAUUGGUGGAAUCUAUUUAUCCUGCCCACCGGGGUUUCUAAUCCAAACUCCUUCAUCAAUAUCAAACUCAGAAACACUAGAAUUGUUCAGCUCCUGUUUGGGAUGUUCUGGACAAACUUGAUCAAGAGGAGUUCUCAGGCAUCUUCCAAACAUUAACCCAGCAGGUAAUUGGCCAGUUGUUAUGUGUUCCAAUAAUUUUACCAAAAAAUACCAAAAAGACAGGUUUAUUUGUAUUCAAUUUUUUUUUUGCAAGAGACUGUUAAAUAACGUUUCUAAGUUUGUACAAAUUGUUCAGCCUGUCUAUAAGAGGCAGGAAAACAUGGAACGUUUUUACAUUUCUGGAUAUUAUUUGAAGUCCUUAAGUUUCAAAUUUCUGUGAUCCGAAUUGCGGACCAUUGUCUGAGACUAGUGUUUACGGCAGUCCAAAUCUCUCAAACAUACUGGAAAGUAUGAUGAUGGUUUGUUCUGCUGUAGUACUUGACAUUCAAAUAACUUCUGGCCACUUAGACUGAGCAUCCACAGCUACUAAAUACAUUUAUCCAUCCACUGGUCUUGCAAAAUCAUUGUACAAGGCUCUGGCUACGUCUUGGAGGAAUCCCUGGUCGGAUUUUGCUCAGUCUGUGCACAUGCAUUGCGAGAAGCUACAUAAGCAGAGAUCUCUGUAUCCAAUUUAGGGUGCCAAAUAUAUUCCUGUGCUACUUGCUUCAUUUUUCCUACACUCUGAUGCUGUCUUUGCAGUAACUUCAGAGCUAAAGGUUGGCGCAUAGUAGGAAUUAUUAAACUUAAACCCCAGAAAACUCACGUUCCCUGCUGUAACAGAACCGCUGGCACCCCGACCGGGUACCUUCCGCUGACGGAUGCUCCUAGUGCUUUCCGAGGUCUCCAAGCACUCCACCUGACACCAUAACCACUGCAGACCCCACAAACCGCAGCAGCUUGGUUGGGGUCUCGCCGUCUCCACCCACUCUAGUCCCAAGACCAGGCUCCAGCUUCCAGUAGGUCAACCUCUCCGAAUUCCAGAGAGCAGGAACAAGCUCUUAGCAGAGCUUAGUGAUUAUACCCUGGGGAGUAUAGUGAUUAUAGCAAUCCCCAGAGUGUAGUUCUCCAAUCCCCCAAACAUGAGCCAAAACUUCAUGAAGGUAAAAGAUGAUCCGCUUUAAUGCACACAAAAGGACUUUCUUUUAUACAGGUUUUCAGGCCAGAGCCACACCCCUUGGACCUGGUGGUAAACUGUGACAAAAGGGACACAAACCAAUGGGAACACUAAUUAACAAAAUAACACUCCCACACACACACACACACACACACACACACAGUAAAAUUCUCCCCUCUGCCUGUGAUAUAAUUACUGAACACAAUGGGCUAACAUUAUCAGAGGCAGGAAAAUAUACAGUUAUUCAUAACUUUAAAAGUAUGCAUCACAUUCACAUAAAAUAUUCAGAAUCGGCAUACUCCAAAUACAAACAUAUGUCAAAAUCAUACAAAUUGGUCCAGUGGUUCAAAAGAUAGAUGGACGUCCUAUUUGACCGACUGCAAGCAUGGCUUGGAUGUGGUAAGCCAAUUAUCUCCAGCAUACAGAAAACAUCUCUAUUCACAACAAAAGCAAGAAUACGCAAAAAUACAUAAUUAUAUCACAGGCAGAGGGGAGGAUUUUACUGUGUGUGUGUGGGAGUGUUAUUUUGUUAGUGUUCCCAUUGGUUUUUGUCCCUUUUGUCACAGUUUACCACCAGGUCCAGGGGGUGUGAGUGAUGGGUGGGGACCCUAAAUCAAAAUAAGGGGGGAAACUUAUGUCCUCCCCCCUGGCCCCCACCCCUGAGCGGGGGAUGGGGGCCCUACAUUAGAAUGAGGGGGGGGAACCUAAUGUCUCCCCUCUGGCCCCCACCCCUGAGUGGUGGGUGGGGGCCCUAAAUACUAAUUAGGGGGGGGGGGACCUAAUGUCCUGGCCCCCACCCCUGAGCGGCUGGCGGGGGCCCUAAAUAAAAAAAAUAAAAAAAAAUAAAAAACCUCCCCCAGGUGACUAGGGGUCCCCAAACCCCUAGUCACCCCACUCCCCCAAACUAACCUCUACCUACCCCCUCACCCUAAAAAUAAUGAGGGGGGACCAUUUAACCAAGUACCUGGGGAAAAAUAAAAUAAAACUUACCAUUUGAUGUCUUCUUUCUUCUAAAAUCUUAUUUUUUCAGCCCCCAAAAAAGGCCAAAUAAAAAGCCAUAAUAACUGACGCAAUAAAAAAACAAGCACAAAAAAAUAAAUAAAUAAUAAUACCAUCUUCACCCGGUGAGGGCUCCGCGCAGACUGAGCUCUGCAGGGCGGGGGAAGGCUUAUAAAGCUUUCCCCCACCCUGCAAUUAGGCUCAGAGCACUCUGAUUGGGUUUAAGCCAUCCAAUCAGAGUGCUCUGACAGGUAAAUGAAGAGACUGACAGGCAAGUCUCUACAUUUACCUGUCACAGCCCUCUGGUUGGUUUGAAAUCCACCAAUCAGAGUGCUCUGUGUCAUUUUACACAGCGUGGGAAAGUUCUUUGGAAUUUAAGUAACCAAUCAGAAAGUUAUGAGUCGGUUAUUAUGGCUUUUUAUUUGGCCUUUUUUGGGGCUGAAAAAAGAAGAUUUUAGAAGAAAGAAAACAUCAAAUGUUUUUGUUUUGUUUUUUUCAGGUACUUGGUUAAAUGGUCCCCCCUCAUUAUUGUUAGGGUGAGGGGGGUAGGUAGGGGUUAACUUUUUGGGGGAGGGGGGGUGACUAGGGGUUUGGGGACCCCUAGUCACCCGGGGCUAGGGGGGUUAAUUUUUUCUUUAGGGCCCCCAUCUGCCGUUCAUGGGUGGGGGUCAGGGGGAGGACAUUAGGUUCCCCCCCCAACCCCCAAUUAGUAUUUAGGGCCCCCACCCACCGCUCAGGGGUGGGGGCCGGGGGGAGGACAAUAAGACACUUGGUUAUAAGUUCCUAUGCUGUACGAUAUACCUCCAAUAGUUCAACCCAUGUGUCCCAUUUUUAUGUGUCUGGUGCAAACACUGGCAAAGUGCCAAUCAUUGUCCAAUCACAUGUUCCCUGUCUGGGCACAAUUAUAACAUUUAGUGCAGUGUUAUUACCUUGUAUCUGUAACUGUCCCCAAAUAUCACUGUGACUCUGGAACAUGGAUUUCAAUCUACAUUUUAUUCCUCCUCAACACAUAUCCGCUUCACUGGCUGAUUCAUCUAUAACAACUCAAAAUGGUUUCCAACUGUAUUGAGCAGGGCAAAACCAUCUGGCUGCAUGUGGGGCUAUUCGGAUUGCAAAAUUAGGAGAUUUUUCACACUAUUUAACAAUGUCCAGAUUUUGCUUUGUAUCCUCAGAAUGAACCUGAAUUUGGUCUGGAUUUUAGCUGGACGGUUGAAAUGCGGACCUGACAUGUUCAAAUAUGCGCCUGGUUGCUUCAAUCUGAACCAUUUGCCCACUGGCAAUGUUAAGUCAGCGGGCAAAAUGUAAACCAUUGGCGGUAUUGUUAAAUACAUUUAAAAAAAAAAAAAUAAUUAAACAAAGCCUAUGGGGUCAAUAUGGCCCUCCGUAUUACUAAAAAAGGAGGGUUUUAGACCUGUCUUAUGCAGGGGCGUACCUAGAGCAUUUGGCACCCGGGGCGGAUCCUGUGCUUGGGGUGCAUUGUGUGUAUGUGAUGAUUGUCAAUCUCUCCUCCCGCUCCAAUUUCCUUCUCCUCCUCCCAAUUUCUCUCCCCUCCUAAUUUCUCUCGUCCCCUCCUAAUUUCUCUCGUCCCCUCCUAAUUCUCCCCUCCUAAUUUCUCUCUCACCCUCCUAAUUUCUCUCUCACCCCUCCUAAUUUCUCUUUCUCACCUCCCAUUUCUCUUUCUCACCCCUAAUUUCUUUCUCACCCCAAUUUCUCUUUCACCCCUCCUUUCUCUUUCUCAAUUUCCCUAAUUUCUUUCUCACCCCCUAAUUUCUCUCUCACCCCCUCCUAAUUUCUCUCACCCCCUCCUAAUUUCUUUUCACCCCUCCUCCUAAUCCCCUCCCUCCUAAUUCCCUCCCCUCCUAAUUUCUCACCCCUCCCCCUCCUAAUUUCUCUUUCUCACCCCCUCCCCUCCUAAUUUCUCUUUCUCACCCCUCCCCCCUCCUAAUUUCUCUUUCUCCCCUCCCCCCACCUCCCUGUAGUGUGGCCGAGCCCUGUAUAGUCCGCGGGUACAGGGAGCAUCUGUUUCCUGAGCGUUUCCCUCCUGUCAGCCCCUCUCCUCAGGCUGCGCCCAGGCGGUGCGGUCCGCCCUCAUGGACGCACCGCCCGGGCAAAGCUGCAGCCGCCUGAGGCUCACUACAGAGCGCAUGGGGGGGGCGCCCCUAGUCAUGGCACCCCCCACCCUGGUGGCACCCGGGGCGGACCGCCCCCCCCUUAGUACGCCACUGGUCUUAUUUCUCCUCCUGCCAUGCCUCCAUGGACAUAAGGAACAAUAAAUUGAUGCGGACCCUGUUCAACUGAGUUUACAAUCUAGAGGCAUGGACGAAAAAAUGCUGGGGUACCACUCAAUUUGUUACAGUUAUGAUAUUUACAUAUAUCUGAUUAUUUGUUUGUGUCUAGUUCACCAAUUUAGAAUAACUAACUGUAGCAGUGUAUCACGGUGGGGUAAUCUCAGGGCCUGUAGAACUUAACCAAACAUGUCACUUGCCAUCUGUCAACGAUCACUCCACGAAAAAAAGUGUAUGAAGCGUUUUGCCAGUUUUCUCCUGAAAGCCCAUCAUGUCAUUGGCCCCACGCCACAGAUAAUCAAAUUUCUGGAUGAACUGCAAUCACCAUUCAUAUUUAAUACCCUUUGUUCCGCUGAUCCUGGAGAAUCCUGGGACUUGUAGUUCAGCAGUAGCUGGAGUUCUACUUGCUGGAUCUUCCUAAUUUCCAGCGACGUAGACCUGUUAGAACAGUACUUCAGAAUAAUACUAGCUACGUUGCCCAGUGACUGUGCUGAAUGCUUGUUUGAGAGACCUUCAAAGAAGAUAUUAUUCCAGUAAAAGUCUAAUCUGGACACUGGUGGUUGUCUGAAGGUCAUGGCUGCUGUCAUUCAGUAUUAUCUCGAAUACUCUGUUUCUGUUUUCAGUUCUUCAUUUCCUUUAACACUGUAAUUUUCUAUUGCAGCACCCGUUUGUCCAAACUUCCUGGAUGGGUGACCAAGGAUGGCAAUACACAGUUUGAGAAGGUAACGUCCCUCUAAUCUGGGUUUAACCACAAUAAUUGAAAUUAGAUAUAAAUCGUGUUCCUGACCAGCACCUGCACAGAUAUCGAAAUAUUACUUCUUACUCUGCUGCGGUCUACAUAAUCUAAUUUAAUUGCAAACAUUAAAAUGUUACCAUUGCUAGUAUAAAAUAUUAGUGACACUCCAAACACUAUUACAAAUUGCGCCCCAUAAUUAAAUUCUGGUUCAAGGCGGUCUUCUGUCCCUGUCACUUACUUAUAACUGCAGCAAUUAGCAGAAGUCUGACCGCCCCUAGUCUGGACAGAGCUUCAUGUAAAAGCUGUAAAUACAGGAAUUAAAAUGAGCGGACUCAAUGAAUAUAUUAAACUCAAGUUUGCUAUAUAUCCCCAUUGGAAAUGGUGUCUUGGUUUGCUCACAAUCCAACAUUGUCGCGUUGAAAUAAUUUGUAAAUUUAACAUUGGCUGCUCUGAAUGCAGCUGCUUCGUCUGUGUUGAUUCUGCUUUUAUUUCGAUGUGGACAUAUCCACCACAUAGACGUCUAUAACAAAUACGAUGCUACAUUAUGUUGAAGAAACUGGCAGCAAAUCUUUAACAUAAGAGAUAGAUAGAUUCUAAUGUAGACUAUGUUCCUGUAACUUGUCUUUUCUAUGAAUUCAUGUAACGCUGUGGGGUCUUUAUUUAUUUGUAGGAGCUAAAGGAAUGUUCUGGUCGAGUAUUUGUAGACUCUGUGCCAGAGUUCUGUUUGCCUGAAGUAAGUAUGCACCAAGCACGUGUUUUGAGUUGGCAGGAGGAGGUGGGGAGGGAUGGAUGGAAUCGGGAGGUGUGACGGCUGUGGGAGGGGAUAUCUAAGAAUUGACACUGGCAGUGCGGAACAAAGUUCUGGGCUGCCAAUGUCACGUGUGCUGGGGGUGCAACUGGCCUCCAGCAGACACGUGCCAAUUACUCUGGAUGACACAGUGCUCAUACUGACUCCUACCACCAUGACCACUUCAAAUCACUGAAGUUGUCAUGGUGGUUGGAGUAACCCUUUAAAGAUUUAGCAGCCAGGGCACACACUGCUUUGGAGGAGGGAAAACCUCGUUUCUAUUUCUCCUUCUCUCUAUGCUGACUGCCAGGUGCAAACUCAGGGCUUAUAACAUGGAUUGACAGGGGGAGCUUGUAUUUGCAAAUGUAUAAAUCAAAGACCUAGUUACAUGAAAAAUCUCUCUAAUCCAACUAGGCUUUGUCUAAAAUAUUAGCUGCUGUUUGACUGCCAUCUGGCUUGUCUUGGGUUGAAUUGUGGUUGGAUAAUAAAGCACAUAUCCCACGAAGUCCUUCUGGGGUUUUAUGGAAUAAGGUCAGGCCCCAUAGACCACAAUUAUAGGCCUCUGAUUGGUGGAGCAUCUUCCUGGUAAAAAACAAAACAGGUUCAGCCUGUAAUUGCCAAGAGCCCCUUUCAGCUAGAUAGCUACAGGACAUUUGAUGGGAUCUGCCUUUUUGGAAUACUUCUCAAAAAUUCUAAAAUAAAUAUAAUGCAUUAUUUAUCUUUUGCACUAAAAGUACAUUUUAAUAAAGGGGAACAGAUAUGCUAAAAAUAUAUUUUUAUAAGUAAUUUGUUGAUGGUGUCUCUUUUGCUGUUAAUGGCAGCUUUUUAUUGUGUCUUUAAUGCCCAGCUUCCCAUCUACAAACCUCAGUGAAGAGGUCGGGGUUGACCAAUAAAUUUUUCUUUGUAACGAUUGCUGGUUGCGGACUGUGCGGCUGUUAGAACUAGUCGUUAGAUUAAGUGUGUGUGUCUGGCGUGGUGCAAGGUACAGCAUGGCCGCUUCUCGCAGGCUGUGUGCUGCAGACAUGUUUAAUAUUAUGCUCUCUGGUUUCAGACUGAGUUGAUAGAUCUGUCUACUGUAGAUGUGAUUCUCAUCUCUAACUAUCACUGUAUGAUGGCGUUACCAUACAUCACUGAGCGCACUGGCUUCACCGGAACAGUCUACGCCACCGAGCCGACAGUUCAGAUUGGCAGGUAAAAUGGAAUGCAAAAGUUGCUCAUUAUUUUAUGUUUAAAAAAAAAAAAAUCUGUCCUUGUUUAGCUUUACACAUCUUUUCCUUAUGAAAGAAAUGCUGAAAUUCAGCAAAUAAUGUAUCAUUGCUUUCACCUUCAUUAAGAUCCUGUGACAAACGAUAUGUUUUUAAGAAAAAAUCACAUGAUUGAUUUAUUGUAAAAAAGGUUUUGUUUUUUUAAAUGGUUUGUCAAUACCGUGACGUAAUAAAUGUGUUCACCCUUACCUGGUUGAAACGGUGUUCAGAUUUAACCAAUCCCAUUCCAGAUUAUGCUUAGAGGUCAGCAACCCACUUAAGAUUAGCCUUAAAUAAAAUCACCUGGGUCUUCUUCAAAAUGAUGUAAAUUAUCCAAGAUCUAUGGAAUUGAGUUUGUGGUUCUCUUAACAGACCAUUCAUCAGGAACCUUCCUGCAACUCUCGUGGCUGUUUCUAGAUUAUAAAGAAUACCAGGUACAGCCAAACCUUUGAACGUCAUUGUAGAUGCCCUGGACAUGAAGGCUUUUCAUGUAGACGUCUAUUAAAAGUUAUUUCAUAUCCAGGUCUUGCCUGGGGUAUCCAUCAGAAAUGCCAUUAAGAUAAUGUGUACUUUAGUGGCUGCCUUACCAGGCAAUCCGUGGGCCAAAUAACACUCUAGAUAGAGGUUGGCAGUAGAAAAGGGAUUCUCGAUUCCACGCCAGCAUAAUUUUGAUGGAUGUUGGAGAGACUGUAAAAGCCAUGUUUGGGAACAAGCGAGCAUUCUUAGGAGAAUAUUUGCACAUUGCUCUGUAAUCAAGUCUUAAUUGCUGUUAAUUACAGGUCAGUAAGGUUUUGUCCUCUCUGAAUAAAAAGGUUUUUGGUACUAAAUAUAGCCUAAGAAGCAUUGCUCAGUUUAGAAAUAAUUAAAUUAUGCCAACUUUUUACAUUCUCCAUAUUUCCUCUGGGUCAGAUUAAUUCUCGCCUGUGUGACUCACAGAGGGGACAUUGAGAAAUGCAGAGUCUUCAUAGUCAUUAAAUCUGUUCAGAAUAGUGAGAAUUAUUCAGAAACUACUGAUAAAAGCAUCGCAUCUGAAUAAUUUUCAUUGUUUUAAAUUGUUAGGAAACCUAGCUCCCAUUCCAACUGGGACAUGACUUUUAGUGCCAUAAAUUCCAAAACUUUAAACCAAAAUAUAUAUUGACCAUAACCUGUUUAAAUAACCUCCUUAGCCAUUACACUUGGCAGAAUGGUCUUUGCUGCUUUUUCGAAGCUGCCAGGGCAACCUUCCUAGGCAGGGUAAAGAAUGAAUAUGUUCCUGGUUUGAAUGGAGAACCAGAAUAGGGCUAUGCAGACUGUGAGGAAGGUGAGCAGGGCAGCAUUGUGUCUAGAUUGGAGUCCCGUUGUUUUGGAUGUGAUAAAUGCUGACGGGGAACAGGGAGUGAGUUGGAGUAUUUGCAGUUUGAGUGAGAAGCCGACAGUCAGUAAUGUUGGUGGAUGUGGCAUGACUAGGUGAGGGAUUGGACAAACGUUGAGAGAGCCAUGAGUCUCUAUCCCUGGUUAGGAAAAAUAAAAGCAAAGCUGGUGCCAAUGAAGCGAUUGCCUUGGAUCGUUGAAAUCAGAUUUAACAAUUCUAUUUGUUUAUUUUUUUCUCCUUUCUGAGCUCUGCCACACCUUUUUCUAUUUGCUCUCGGGCUGUAGAUAUUCGUUUUAUCUCUGAACCAAGUGCUUCUUGUCUUUCAGACUCCUUAUGGAAGAACUGGUGAACUUCAUAGAGCGUGUCCCGAAGGCUCAAUCUGCCACCAUGUGGAAGCACAAGGAAGUGCAAAGGUACAAAUAUUUUUACACCAGAUUUCUAUUCUAAACUAAUCCCGGGUUGUUUACUAAAGUGAGCAUUUUUUUAGAAAUUCAAACUGAAUUAAAAAUUUUAAACGUCAAAGUAGCUGUACUGGAAAAAUAUCUUAGAUCUUAAAGGAACACUAUAUAGUGUUAAGAAUGCAAACCUGUAUUCCUAACAUUAUAGUCCAUGAAUAGAGAUUUAGGUGACUGCCCCCCCCGAAUGGCGUUUAAAAGCUAUUUUGCUUAUCUUUUUUCCAUUGCCGCACUGGUGUCACCGCAGAUGGCCCCAUCUGCACUGAAAUUGGAAGCACCUCUAGUAGCUGUGUGAGUGACGGCACCUCUCUCUGAAAUAGGCAUUGUUUACAUUGCUGAGCCUGCAGUGACAUGCUAUAGACACCAGAAUCACUACAUGAAGCCGUAGCUGCUCUGGUGACCAUAGUGUCCCUUUAAAGGGGGAGUUGUCUGGAAUGUCAGAUUUAAACGGUAGCCCUGUGGCAGUUUAAUAUUUAACGUUGUGUGUGCCAAAGCCCUCAUUAUAUUGCCUUUAUAACAUUUGUUUUUCAUUUAUUAUUAUUUUUUUUUUAUUUUUUUUUUACUUUUGUAAAAUAAGACAUUAGAACUGUCUUGUUAGAUUAUCUGAUGUGUUAGACUAGUCCGCUUUCUGUAACCAUUAAACAGAAAGGAAAUUUCUAAUGACAUGCUUGUGAUUUGAAAAGGGCUCUCUAUAAAGCAGAGUGUUUCACAUGCACUAAUUUAUGUAACAUCGUUAUCUGUUAAUCCUUGUUACACAAAUCAGAAAUGUAUUCAAGGAUAACAAAUUCUGGAGCUUUUCAAAAAGUUUGCAAAAUAUAGUAGAAUACUUACAUUGCUUCCAGGCAUUGAUUAAACAUUUCCCCAUAUUUGUAAGUGUGAGUGGGGGUGUAACCAGGAGAGGGGCUGUUCUAAGACAUUUCAGGUGACUUGCUAAUAACAAUUUAUCCAACUAAAACGUAAUUUAGAACAAAAAUAGUGUAUCUUAUUCACACAGACUGAUUUCUAAACACAUUUAUUGUAGUUUAAAGACACAUUCCUGGGAGUAUUAUUGCUGUGGAGCUCUGUUAUACACUCAGACACAUUACUGGGAGUAUUAUUGCUGGGGAGCUCUGUUAUACACUCAGACACAUUACUGGGAGUAUUAUUGCUGUGGGGCUCUGUUAUACACUCAGACACAUUACUGGGAGUAUUAUUGCUGUGGAGCUCUGUUAUACACUCAGACGCAUUAUUGGGAGUAUUGUUGCUGUGGAGCUCUCUUAUACACUCAGACACAUUACUGGGAGUAUUAUUGCUGUGGAGCUCUCUUAUACACUCAGACACAUUACUGGGAGUAUUAUUGCUGGGGAGCUCUGUUAUACACUCAGGCGCAUUACUGGGAGUAUUAUUGCUGUGGAGCUCUGUUAUACACUCAGACACAUUACUGGGAGUAUUAUUGCUGUGGAGCUCUGUUAUACACUCAGACGCAUUACUGGGAGUAUUAUUGCUGUGGAGCUCUGUUAUACACUCAGACACACAAACUAUAUGGAGCUCCUAGAAAAGGACAGAGGGACAUUUGGGAGCUCUGGAUUCAGGGACACUCUCACAGUUGUACUUCUUUAGUUGCAAUAACAAAGCUAGUUAUUAAAACUCCUUCCGGUCAUUUUUCUCACUGGUACAGUGAAAUAUGAAUACAAAUGUGACUUGAGCGUGGAUAUUGAAAUACAAAGAAUUGUUUGUCUCCUAAAAUUUGUAUAAUGCAUAGAUAUCCAAAACAUUCCAGAAAAUUACAUUUCUAGUUUCAAUCUCUUUUUACAUCUGGAUGUAGAUUUUUAAAGUCAAAACAAAGGGUACUUGAGUGAAAUGUUGGGACAUUAUUGGUUUCCAUGGUGAUUGCCCCUUAUUUAGAAACGUCCCCCAGAAUAGCAACUGUUUGUGCCGUAAUAAAUCUGCCCCAUACAUCACACCUCUGCAUUUAUUAAUCUGUACUUAUUGUUAAUAUGUUAUAAACCCUUCCCUGUGGACUUUUUGGGUGUAAUGGAUAGGGGAUCCAUGCACCCCGCUAUGCCUGAACUGGAUUGUGAAGUCAGUUGCUAAAUCUUCAGUAUAAAGUUAAAUCAAGUUAUGUGAUUUUUCGAUGUUGCAACACAGAGAAGUGAUGAUUCCCCUUUAACUAGAUAGGAGACAGAUUCUGUCCUAAGACGACCCUUUGUGCUAAAAGCACAUAAUCUAUACUUUCCGACGCAAUGAUGGUAUUCGCUUUUUAAAGUGAUGGCAAGUACUUAGCAAACCUUUCCUGAAAGUUUAUCCUGUGAAUCAAUGUUAUUUGAAGCAAUUCCCCGUGUAGAAUUUCACCGGCCUGAUAACCAUGAAAGCUUGUUAUAAGUGGUAGAGGUUUUAUCAACUAAUGGCGUCUGUAUUAAUGCUCUGGAAAGCAAUUUAUCCUUGCAAUCCUUGGCAGUGGUUUACGGAUCACUUUGUUUGUGCUAAAGACUUGUUUCAAGGUUGUCCGUCAUUCUCUGCACAUAUUGAGGGAUCGGUGGGCUGUAUCAGAGAGGAUACUGCAGUCAGAAUAACUACUUAAAGGGGAAAAGCCACCAACGAUGGUCUAUAAUUAUUUAUGGUAUUCUCUGUGGAACUUGAACAAUUGCUUUUGUUUUUCGUUCUGUUACCUUCAAGUUUUGCUUGUACAAACUCCUCCCAAUGGGGAAAACCUACAUAUUGACCUAAUGGUUAUUUUCUGUCCAGGAAAACUGUUUCCAAUUCCGUUCUGUUUGGCCAUUAUAAGGGAUAAACUGAAGGGACUGAUGCUCACAGUAACCAUUACAAAGUUGGGCUUGCUGUGUGUGCUGCAGCCCCCUUCACCAUCGUGACAGUCACAGCUCUGCUCUCUUUUAAUGAUAAAAGGUACACUAUUAACGAUACUCUGAGUACUGUAGGUUGUCAUGACUUCAUUGGUUCCUGUAACCAUUUGUAGUGGUCUCCUUUUAUUAUUAAAUUUACCCCUUCAUAUUACUGUAAAGUAAAGCUCAUUAAGUAUAUAAAUGCCAAUAAUAAUGUAACACUCACUCACUGGUUGGAGUAGUGCUCCCCCCACCAUACCUAUAAUUCAUAAAGCAUGUACUCACAGCGUGGAGGGAGAAUGGGUCUGUCCCUGCACACCCACUGAUCACUUUGUUAAUGGGUUUUCUAAAUUAAGCCAUAGAUGGGUAGAAAAAGUAUCCUCUUUGUGACCAAUCUGUGCAUGGCCUGGAUUGACUACAAGAAAGCCUAUUACACAAUGCCACACACAUGGAUGAUGGAAUGCUUGUCUCUCUACAAAGUCAGCAAGACAUUAAGAGCCUUCAUCGAGAACUCAACAAGUGGACAACAACUCUAGAAGUCAAUUCCAGGACCAUAACUCACAUAAACUUCAAAUGUGGCAUAUACCAAGGUGAGGCACAAUCUCCAAUGCUGUUCUGCAUAGGCCUUAGCUAGAUCAUCAAGAAGAGUGGAUAUGGAUACAGGUUCAAGAGUGGAGCUACCAUCAGCUACCUACUCUACAUGGAUGACCUCAAGCUGUAUGCCAAGACCGAGCGGGAAAUUGACUCACUGAUCCACCUAGCUAGGAUAUACAGCAAGGACAUCGGAAUGUCGUUAGGAGUGCUGGCGGAUGAUAACAAAAAGAGGGAGGAUCAUCAGGACAGAAGGAAUUGAAGUUCCAGAAGGCCAAAUAGAAGAUGUAGAGAACAGCUACAAGUACUUGGGGGUACCACAAACAAAUGGCAAACAUGAGGAAGAGGCAAGGAGGAUAGCGACAUCCACAUACCUCCAAAGAGUGAGACAGGCCCUGAAGUCCCAGCUCAGUGGCAAGAACAAGAUCCAAGUGAUCAACACAUAUGCCCUAGCAGUCAUCAGGUACCCAUCUGGAAUACAAUUUUGGACAAGAGAAGACCUGGUCACCAUGGAUGUCAAGACUUGGAAACUACUCAUCCUGAAUUCCACCUGCAAUCUAGCAUCCAGAGACUGUACAUCUGACGGAAGGAAGGAGGUCGGGGCCUGAUGAGUGUCCAGGUCCUGGAUGAAGCUCAGAGCAUCCACAAGUACAUCACGAAGAUGGCUCCCAAAGAUGACCUGCUAAGGGAAUGCCUGAGACAACAACAGAUAGAGGAGGCCCCUUGGCAAGACAAAUCUCUCCAUGGGGUUUACCACCGACAGAUAGGAUUUCGUCAUGUAGGCAACAUCCACUACCAGUGGUUGCAAAAGGCAAGACUGAAAGACUGUAGUGAGGCACUAAUCCUAGCACCACAUGAACAGACACUCUGCACCAGAUCAAUAGAAGCAGGAGUCUACCACACCAGGCAAAACCCAAGUUGCCAAUUGUGCAAAGAGGCCUCUGAGAUAGUCCAGCACCUAGUAGUCUGAUGCAAGAUGUUAGCAGGAACAGCAUACACAGAGAGACACAACCAAGUUGCUGAGAUUGUGUACCGAAACCUCUGCACAGAAUAUGGAUUGGACCUGCCUAAGUCAGAUGGGCGUUACCACAAAGGGUAGUUGAGAAUGACAGGGCAAAGAUCCUGUGGGAUCCAGACAGAGAAGCAAGUGCUGGCGAACCGACCCGACAUUAUGAUGGUAGACAAGGAACGGAAGACCGCAGUAGUGGUGGAUGUGUCAGUGCCUAGUGACUAUAACAUCAGGGAGAAGGUGGAUUAAUACCAAGGACUGAAAGAAGAACUAGAAAGGAUGUGGAAAGGGAAGGCAGUAGUAGUCCCAGUUGUGAUAGGCGCACUUGGGGCUGUGACUCCCAAGUUGGGGUAGUGGCUUCAACAGAUUCCAGGUGGGACAUCCGAGAUCACUGUACAGAAGAGUGCAGCUCUUGGAACAGCGAAGAUACUGUGCAGAACCCUCAAACUCCCAGGCCUCUGGUAGAGGACCCGAGAAUGGGAAAUAAACAUACCACCCAGGAGGGGUGAGAAUCUGUUUUAUAUCCUCUCUAUAUAUCUAUCUCUUAAUACACAUUGCUUGUUAUUGACAGUCAUUCAAACAAAACUGGUAAAGGGAAUGCCUGUCAAUAACAAGCAAUAUGUAUUACGAUGUUUUUGGGGUUUUUUCCCCCUCAUUACGUGCAUAGUAGAAUAGUAAUAUGGGCUUAAAAAAAGCGAUACGUCCAAGUUCAACCCUUGUUUAUUAUGUAAAGGUUACUGUUUCCUUCCAUGGCCCAUGUUAGAAAGUUCUGGUUGCUGACAUGCUCUGUUUGUACAUGGUGCCCCUUCUGUGCCUAUUAAAGUGUUUUUUUGUUGUUGUUUUUUUAAUAUUUUUCUCUUAAAGAGAGUAAAGUGUUCUAUUAUUAUUAUCAUUAUUAUUUUUGUCAUUUAUAUAGCGCCAAUAGAUUCCGUAGCGCUUUACAAUAUUAUAAGAGGGGGUUUUAUGUAGGACAAUUACAAGAAAACUUACAGGAACGAAGGCUUGAAGAGGACCCCGCUCAGGCAAGCUUACAGUCUAUAGCAGGUGGGGUAUAAAACGCGUUAGGACAGGAAAUAGUAGUCAAAUUAGGUGGGAGUGACUAGAGUGCUGCCCUUUAGGAGAGAGCAAGAGAGAGGUAUGUGAGGCAGAGGUUACUCUGGGAGGCCAUAAGCUUUCCUAAAGAGAUUGGUUUUAAGGCACUUCUUAAAUGAUUGAAGACUAGGGGAGAGUCUGAUGGUGGAGGGCAGACUAUUCAAUAGGAAGGGAGCCGUCCACGAGAAGUCCUGCAAGCGUGAGUUGGCCAUACGGGUGUGAGCAGCGGACAGGAGAAGUUCACGGGCAGAGUGGAGAGACAGAGAACGGUCAUACCUAUGGAUCUGUGAGGGUAUAUGAGGGGCUAGAAUUGGUCAAUGCUUUAUAGGUAUGGGUUAGAACUUUGCAUUGACACCUAUAGGAUGCAGGAAGCCAAUGUAUGGACUGAUAGAGGGGGUGAGGUGUGAGAGGAUCGACUAGAGAGGAAAAUCAGUCUGGCGGCAGCAUUCAUUAGACUGUAGUGGGGCAAUACAGUUUUUGUGAAGACCAAUUAGGAGAGGGUUAUGUGGGAAAUUACUAGAGCAUGGACAAGCUCCUUAGUAGCAUCUUGCAUAAGAAAGGGGCAGAUGCGGGCUAUGUUUUUAAGAUGGGCUCUACAGGACUUGGUAACAUGCUGGAUGUGAGGCUCAAAGGCGAGGCCAGAAUAAAGUAUGGUGCCAACACCACGUGCUUGCAAGGAUAGGCUGAUAUGGAUACCACUAAUUUGAAGGGAGAGCGAAAGAGGAGGAUCAGUAUUAGGAGGAGGAAAGGCAAGGAACUCCAUUUUAGAGAGAUUUAGUUUCAGAAAUUGGGAGGACAUGGAAGAUGGAAUAGUCAGAGAUGGAAGAAAGGCAAGCAGUGACACGUUGCAGGAUGGCAGGGGAGAGGUCUGGGUCGGAGAGAUCUAUCUGGGUGUCAUCAUAAGGCACAGGUGGUAGUGGAAUUCAACUGAGGUAAUACGUUUGCCAAGAGUGGCAGUAUAAAGAGAAAAUAGAAGGGGACCAGGGACAGAGCCUUGGGGGACUCCAACCGAGACAGGACGAAGGGAGGAGGCAUCAUUAGAAAAUGAGACACUGAAGUGGACCAGUCAGUGGGGGAAUAUUUUUGUUUCCAUGAUGACUUCUCCACAUUCAGAAUUUUGCUCCAUUUUGUUCUGUCGAUAAAUACCUCUUUCAUGGCUUUCUCUCUAAAUUCCAGGCUGCUUCCUGCCCCCCUAAAGGACGCUGUUGAGGUAUUUACCUGGAAGAAGUGCUACACAAUGCAGGAAGUCAAUGCUGCUUUAAGCAAGAUUCAGCUGGUUGGAUAUUCCCAGAAAAUAGUGAGUAUCAAGUGGAGUUGCUACUGGGAUUCAUAGUCUCACUCUGUGUAUUUAGUGUAUAUUGAGGGCCACAGCAGCUCUGCUCAGAAACAGUGAGUCGCGAUUUCCAGUUUCUUUUUUACAAAGACCGACAAUAUAUGGCUCUAGCUUGAUAGCCCAAUUCUACGGAGCAAUACUUCAAAUGGGUCUUCCCAAGAGGUUCCAUCACACUGUGCAGUCCACCCUGAUUUAUGUCCCUGUUCCAAUCAAAGGGCGAUCAAUAAAAUGGGAAGAAAUCUAUACAACUCUUAAUACUUAUGUGCCUUUUUGUACCACCUCUUAAAUUUACCUUUUUAGGAGGAGAUUUGAAGACAUCUCUUUCUGCCAGAUGCCCAAUGUAGAAUUAGUCUGUAUGUUUUGGUGAAUUGCAAAAUAAAGGGCUUUUUCUCUUCAAACCAUACUAUUUUAGCAUAAAUUCUUCAACUCCUUGUUAAUCUACCAUUUUCUUACCGGUUUAGUGAAUAAAUCUGUUAUUCAAGGGGGGGAAAAUAGGGGGAAUGCUAUUAUUAUAUUGUUUACAUUUUUGGUCCGUCUGUCUGUCACUUGUGUAGCGUCCACAGCCCAGUUUCCCCUCUUUUUUUUUUUUUUUUUAUAUAUGUGGAUACCAACUUGUUUGAUCCUCACUUUCCUUGCUUUUUUCAUCACUUGUUUGCCAGUGAAGUGAACAUUUGAUUCAGAUGGCAGAUUGAACCUCCUUACUUUUCCUAUAACCAGGGCUUAAUAUUUCCACUAGCUAUUGGCAAGUGAAAAUCCAGCCCCAGUGAAUCAGAAUUCACCUUUGGCAAGUGGGCCAUGGACCCUCCAGACUUGUAGUGGCUAGUAACUUUUACAGUCUGACUAAUGGUUCUUCAAUAAAUGCCCUUAAACACAAAAUAAGUUGCGAUACUUUUGAUCCAGCAUUUGUAAGAUAAUAAUGUUGGUUUAUGUAUUUUUGCCUCUGAUCAUUCUUUUCCUCCUUUUGGUGUCUUGAAGGAGCUGUUUGGCGCAGUGCAAGUUACACCUCUAAGUUCUGGUUACGCCCUUGGCAGCUCCAACUGGAUCAUCCAGUCCCACUAUGAGAAGGUUUCUUAUGUGUCUGGAUCUUCGCUUCUUACCACUCACCCGCAGGUGCUAACUCUCUCUAUUCAUCCCUCCCAACUGUGUUCUGUAUUCAUUAAUUUGCCGGUGGUUCUAAAUAACUGCAUAUAAAUGAAGUACAUGUAAACACAUGCUUAAAGGCACUCAAUCGCAACCGUGUAAUUUGCAACGGCCUCUGUACCUGAGAAAAGAUUGCUACAUGUUCCUGGAUGCACAGUGUCUGAGAAUAGAUUGCUACAUGUUCCUGGAUGCAUAGUGUUUCAGAAUAGAUUGCUACAUGUUCCUGGAUGCAUAGUGUUUGAGAAUAGAUUGCUACAUGUUCCUGGAUGCAUAGUGUUUGAGAAUAGAUUGCUACAUGUUCCUGGAUGCAUAGUGUUUGAGAAUAGAUUGCUGCAUGUUCCUGGAUGCAUAGUGUUUGAGAAUAGAUUGCUACAUGUUCCUGGAUGCAUAGUGUCUGAGAACAGAUUGCUGCAUGUUCCUGGAUGCAUAGUGUUUGAGAAUAGAUUGCUACAUGUUCCUGGAUGCAUAGUGUCUGAGAAUAGAUUGUUACAUGUUCCUGGAUGCACAGUGUUUGAGAAUAGAUUGCUACAUGUUCCUGGAUGCAUAGUGUUUGAGAAUAGAUUGCUGCAUGUUCCUGGAUGCAUAGUGUUUGAGAAUAGAUUGCUACAUGUUUCUGGAUGCACAGUGUCUGAGAAUAGAUUGCUACAUGUUCCUGGAUGCAUAGUGUUUCAGAAUAGAUUGCUACAUGUUCCUGGAUGCAUAGUGUUUGAGAAUAGAUUGCUACAUGUUCCUGGAUGCAUAGUGUUUGAGAAUAGAUUGCUACAUGUUCCUGGAUGCAUAGUGUUUGAGAAUAGAUUGCUACAUGUUCCUGGAUGCACAGUGUCUGAGAAUAGAUUGCUACAUGUUCCUGGAUGCAUAGUGUUUGAGAAUAGAUUGCUACAUGUUCCUGGAUGCAUAGUGUUUCAGAAUAGAUUGCUGCAUGUUCCUGGAUGCAUAGUGUUUGAGAAUAGAUUGCUACAUGUUCCUGGAUGCACAGUGUCUGAGAAUAGAUUGCUACAUGUUCCUGGAUGCAUAGUGUUUCAGAAUAGAUUGCUACAUGUUCCUGGAUGCAUAGUGUUUGAGAAUAGAUUGCUACAUGUUCCUGGAUGCAUAGUGUUUGAGAAUAGAUUGCUGCAUUUUCCUGGAUGCAUAGUGUUUGAGAAUAGAUUGCUACAUGUUCCUGGAUGCACAGUGUCUGAGAAUAGAUUGCUACAUGUUCCUGGAUGCAUAGUGUCUGAGAAUAGAUUGCUACAUGUUCCUGGAUGCACAGUGUCUGAGAAUAGAUUGCUACAUGUUCCUGGAUGCAUAGUGUUUGAGAAUAGAUUGCUACAUGUUCCUGGAUGCAUAGUGUUUGAGAAUAGAUUGCUACAUGUUCCUGGAUGCAUAGUGUUUGAGAAUAGAUUGCUACAUGUUCCUGGAUGCAUAGUGUUUCAGAAUAGAUUGCUACAUGUUCCUGGAUGCACAGUGUCUGAGAAUAGAUUGCUACAUGUUCCUGGAUGCAUAGUGUUUCAGAAUAGAUUGCUACAUGUUCCUGGAUGCAUAGUGUCUGAGAAUAGAUUGCUACAUGUUUCUGGAUGCAUAGUGAUGCACAGUGUUUGAGAAUAGAUUGCUACAUGUUCCUGGAUGCAUGCAUAGUGUUUGAGAAUAGAUUGCUACAUGUUCCUGGAUGCAUAGUGUCUGAGAAUAGAUUGCUACAUGUUCCUGGAUGCAUAGUGUCUCAGAAUAGAUUGCUGCAUGUUCCUGGAUGCAUAGUGUUUGAGAAUAGAUUGCUACAUGUUCCUGGAUGCACAGUGUCUGAGAAUAGAUUGCUACAUGUUCCUGGAUGCACAGUGUUUGAGAAUAGAUUGCUACAUGUUCCUGGAUGCAUAGUGUUUGAGAAUAGAUUGCUACAUGUUCCUGGAUGCACAGUGUUUGAGAAUAGAUUGCUACAUGUUCCUGGAUGCAUAGUGUUUGAGAAUAGAUUGCUGCAUGUUCCUGGAUGCAUAGUGUGUAAAGGAAAUGUAACGGACUAAGUCUGCUACAUGUCUGCAUCCACCCCCGAGAGCCACUAACUAGCAGUGUUUCGAAGAACAUGGUACUGUGAGUGCACGCAUGCUCCAUUUCUGCAUUAGUCUCCUCCCACAGCGCAGAGUAAUCGGUCGAUAUAUAGUUUCCUUACUUGGUGAGAAUCUGUGACUUGGAACAUAUUAUAUAAAGUCCCUUCCAUGUUUUUUUACGACUCGUAGCCUCUCACAGCGUGGACAGAAAUCCCUUUUUUCAGUUUAGACACCAUUUCAGUGUGCACUGUGUGUUCUCCUAUCCCUUACACGCUAGUUGGGGUUUCUAAACCUCUUCUUGGAGUAUUUUAAGUGAUUUAUAUAUGGUUUUCAGAUGCCUAAUCCUGCUUCUCCAGUCUCCUAAGCCCAUAGCUGUGUUUAAAUCUAGCAUCUACUCCACUUAACGUGCAAAUCCCAUUACCAGAAAGGUGUAUAAAGAAAUGUUAUUCUUCUUAUCCUGGUAUCAAAAUAAUUUGUAGCCAACUGUUACAGAAGUUCAGUGUGCGGCUAUCCAAUCUCUGGUAAAUCACCCGUGUACCUCCUUCCCAGCACAGAGUCUAGGUAAUCGGAAAAAUAACUUCUGAUUCCAUUUUAUCAACUGAAGAUUGUUCAGACUCCUCCUCUGUAGUUCCCUCUGGAUCUUUCUAUGGAUGAAGAAGCUGGGUUUCCAUAAAUUCAGAAGACUCUGUUAUCUGACCAACUGUGGCUCAAACUAACAGUGUUUGCACUGUGUGAAAUUGCAGCAGGAGGCAAGUUAGGGUGAGCACCAAUUGAUCAGAUAACGGUAGCGUUUGAACCAACAUGACCGCUCAGCCUGAUUAAAAAAAAAAAAAAGGGACAUUUUCCCCAAAUUAAUGUACAUCAUUUAAAAAAAUAAAUAAAAAAUGUACUUUCAUAAAAUAAAAUUUUAAAAGGUAACAAGAAGUGAAAAUGUAAUGACCGUUGUCCUUUAAGUUCUAGCGCCUCACUCCGUACAGAACCGGCUGGUUUUUGUAAUUGUUUGAACAACAUAGUACUACUUAAAUCCUGGCCAGAAUGUUCCAAAUCUGUGCACAAAUGUUAAAUAUAUGAACUGUUUGCCCACUGCUUACACCAUUGUGAGCUCUUUGGGUUAAAUUGCUCGUAAGCGAUUUUCACCUCUUAAAGGGACACUGUAGACAUUGUGUCUGCUUCAUCUCCUUAAACUGGUCAUAGUGUCUGGGGUCCCCUGGUACCCGUUGUCUUUCAGCAUUAAACAGGGGUUUUUUUGGUUGUUUUUUUUUUAACUGUUUUUAUGUUUUAAUCCUAAGCGAGAGUCCCAAGCAGCCCAUCCCAUCUGUGCUGCUUUAGCUAAUGAGGAAGUAUUCACCUGAGCAGCAAUGGGCCGCUGUGAUAGGCUAAAAGCAGUCACUCUCAGCCAAUCAGAGCUCCAACUGAUGGUAUGAAUGGGUAUGACUAAAAGGAAGUGUGUAAUUUCUGCCUUAGCCACACCUCCAGUAGGGGCGGGGUUAUAGGAAGCCAGGGAAACUUAUUCAGUGUUUAACUGCUCUUAACUUCUCUAAUGCCUGUUAAUACUGAAUAGAGGGACAGUGCCAGGGUACUCCAUCCACUAUAACCAAUUCAAAGAUAUGAAAUGCUUAUAGUUACUACAGUGUCUAUAUAAGGUAAGACAGUGUGCAGGACCUCCAGGCACUAUAACCACUUGAUUGAUAUGAAGUCAUUAUGAUGGCCGGGUAUUUGAGGCAGUACAAGUUAUUGUGUGUGUAACUUUUUGUACUGUGGGAUAAUUUGCUGUUUUCCUGAAAGUAGCAGGUGGUUGGGGACGACCCACUACUUAUAUCAUUACGUCUGCGGUGGUCAUGUGUCUAUAUGUGAGGUUACUAUCACAGAUACAAGUAACACUAGGGGGAAAAGAAUUUACAAUAAAUUGUAAAAAUCUGCUUUUAAUCAAUAAUGCAAUAUUCUGUUGCACAACAUUUAAUGGGUAACAGAUCUGAAAAAAUGAAGUUAAUGUUUAUUUUGUUAAUAAUAGUUUAACCAUCAUAUAGUUUGGUGGAGCACUUGGGAAAACUUAAAAACACAUGGGGAGGAUUUUUGUGUUUAUUUUUCCCCUGUGAAGAAUGUUCUUUUUAAAAAGUGCUUUUCCUCCCCCAUUCAAUCCCCUGUUUGUUACAUAUCCACCAGUGCGUAGUGUGGUACAAAUAAGUGUGUCUAAAUAAAAUGUGUCAACAUGUGACAGUCUCUUCUGUUUUAGGCCAUGGAUCAGGCAUCUCUGAAAAACAGUGAUGUCCUCAUCCUUACGGGUCUCACCCAGAUCCCGACAGCCAAUCCCGACGGAAUGGUGGGCGAAUUCUGCAGUAAUCUUGGUAAGCAAAACCCAGCGGGAUUGGUUAUAAUCACCUGUGAUAGAACUAGGGAGAUGUUUAGCAGCAGACAGCUUUAUGUCUGUAAAUCAGGGUAAACUGAAUUGGGGAUUACCACUGGAGGGUAACCUCUGUUAUUGCCAGGCUGCCAUUAGAUUCCUGAUACUCCCAAUGAAAAUACAUUCUGUGUUCUUUUCUGUCAUUGGAUUCACUAACUUUUCUAUCCGAUGUCCCUGUGCAGCAAUGACCAUAAGGAAUGGCGGCAAUGUUCUGGUGCCGUGUUAUCCGUCAGGGGUGAUCUAUGACCUGCUGGAGUGUCUGUACCAAUACAUUGACUCUGCGGGACUCUCCAGUAUCCCUUUCUACUUCAUCUCUCCGGUGGCUAACAGCUCCCUGGAAUUCUCCCAGAUCUUUGCAGAGUGGUGAGUUUCGGACACGUGGUCACUGAGUCAGUGCUUGUCUGCUCUGCCAUUAACUCCGCUUCCUAACACUGCAGAUAUGGACUGACAUGAUAACAGAAUUAGAGUUGGCUUCUGAGCACGGCCACCACAAUCUUGCUAAUUUAGCCAGCACAGACACUCAGGUUUGUCAUAGAGUUGAGGAUCCACAGUAUUCUGCAUUUUACAUUCCUGAGCUCAUUACAGAUUUCUUUUCUCUCUAAUUAUCCUCUGGUCCUGCCACUCAGGGCAUAUAAUGCUGUAUAAACACACAUUGCACAAAUAUUAAUACACCCUGGGAUCAUUCCACAAGGGGGAGCUGAUGGGGUAGUGUACCUGUGUGCCUUAUUCUAGGUCCCUGAUCCUUGUUCACCACCAUUAAUGUAGCAGGGACUAUUCUGAUUUCUCACUGGAAUCUUUUAUUGGGAGUAUUUUAGCUCCCUGGGGAUCUGCUUAAUUUAUCUUGUGUAUUAAAGUUACAGAACACUUUCUGUACCAGAAACAUCUAUAAGGUACUUGUAGAGUAAGGAGCUGCCCAAACUGGCAAUCAAAGGAUUGGAUGAAACAAAUCUAUAUUUUAUCAUUUGUAAUGUACAUCGUUCACCACCAGAAUGCAGCAGAGUGUAGAAUAAAGGGUUUCCUCUCAUUCCUUAUUAGGCUCUGUCAGAACAAGCAGAGUAAGGUGUACCUGCCGGAGCCCCCGUUCCCCCACGCAGAGGUAAGUCCUUUCUUUAUUGAAUUCAGGGCUCACGUGAAGAUUAUUACGCAGAGCUGCACUAAUGCUGGUGGUUCUAAACUGUGUUGUAAGCAUUCCAUGUAAAAUAAUAGAACUGAUAUUAACUGGACCCUUAGAACUCUAUAAAACCAGUGCUCGCAGUGUUUCUGGGGUCUGUCCGCUGCCUGGAUCAGCCCAGCGAUGGGCAGGAACACACUCUUCUGCUCUGUUAUCUAUUCAUUCUGUCUGUGUUCCAGCUCAUCCAAACCAACAAACUGAAGCACUAUCCCAGCAUACACGGAGACUUCAGCAAUGACUUUAAACAGCCCUGUGUGGUGUUUACAGGACACCCCACACUGCGCUUUGGAGAUGUGGUGCAUUUUAUGGAGCUGUGGGGCAAAUCCAGCCUGAACACAGUUAUAUUUACUGGUAUGUUAGUGUGCAGUGAUCUAAACGCAGUGUAUAUUCCAGUGGGUAUGUUAGUGUGCAACGUAUAUUCACUGGUAUGUUAGUGUGCAGUGUAUAUUCACUGGUAUGUUCGUGCCCGUGAUCUGUGAGCAGUGUAUAUGUUGGUGUAAAGUAAGCUAAGCAUGGGUAUAUUCUAUGUAGCGCACACUAUCCUAUUCACUGGCACAUAUUGGACGUGUAGGAAAAUGAGCAUAGUAAAAUUCACAUAAAACAGCAUUUUGUUAUGCUCAUUUUUUUUUUUUUUUUUAACUUUCCAGGGAUUUUAUUUGUGGGACAGUCUGUUUUUUAAUCUUUAUGUGUUCUGAAAAUAAAGAUUUGUAUUACCUACCUGCACAAAGUUCCAGUGGAUUUCAUACCUACACCUUGUCACUGCAUCCUGGGAGCAGCCUUGCAGUGCUUCCCAAGUGAGCCUGAAUGUUUUGAUCAGUACGUUCAUACCUACACCUCGUCACUGCAUCCUGAGAGCUUCCUUGCAGUGCUUCCCAAGUGAGCCUGAAUGUUUUGAUCAGUACGUUCAUACCUACACCUCGUCACUGCAUCCUGAGAGCUUCCUUGCAGUGCUUCCCAAGUGAGCCUGAAUGUUUUGAUCAGUACGUUCAUACCUACCCCUCGUCACUGCAUCCUGGGAGCUGCCUUGCAGUGCUUCCCAAGUGAGCCUGAAUGUUUUGAUCAGUACGUUCAUACCUACACCUCGUCACUGAAUCCUGGGAGCUGCCUUGCAGUGCUUCCCAAGUGAGCCUGAAUGUUUUGAUCAGUACGUUCAUACCUACACCUCGUCACUGCAUCCUGGGAGCAGCCUUGCAGUGCUUCCCAAGUGAGCCUGAAUGUUUUGAUCAGUACGUUCAUACCUACACCUCGUCACUGAAUCCUGGGAGCUGCCUUGCAGUGCUUCCCAAGUGAGCCUGAAUGUUUUGAUCAGUACGUUCUCUGUUUGCGAGUGACCAUUGUACUUUUUUUAUAUUUGUUUAUUUCUGAUGGUUGUAUGUGCUCUUUAUCCCUCUUUUUAUAUCUGCUGAUUUAUUCCAAAUUAUUGUAAGUGCACUCUCAAUCUGUGUGUGCGUUUUAUCAAUUCUUGGAGCGUGCCAUUUAAAGGUAUAGUACAUAUUAUGCAUGUAGUGUUUAUAGUGCCUCCAUGCUGAGCACAGAUGGAUCUCUGCAGAAAUAUCUGAAUGUAAAGCUGGUGCCUAUAUACAUAGACAUAGGAUCGAGACCUCCAUCUAAAAGCAAGGACAUGAAAUAGUUGGUAGUACUUUGUCUCCCCCUCCCCUUAUAUCAAGUUCAUUUUGUUCCCCUGCUAGCAGGAUGAUGAAAUCCACUUUAUUUUGGUGACUGCACCUAAAAACAUUCCAAAGUUUGAGACUGUGAUGUCACUUAUGAUGUAUUUUGACAGUUUAUGUAUUUGUAUUCUCUUUUUAGAGCCAGAUUUUUCGUACCUGGAUGCCUUGGCCCCAUAUCAGCCUCUUGCAAUGAAAUGUGUCUAUUGUCCUAUUGACACCCGGCUGAAUUUCAUUCAGGUUACUAAGCUUCUUAAGGAAGUACAGGUAAGACGCGUUUCAUUCUUUAACAGAGCAGGAUUCAAACCAUUGUAUACGGAAACCGUAAUAUAAAGCUUUGCUAGGGUCUUCUAAAUUAAACCAGCAAUUAAAGGAAAACCGCACGCAGAAAUUACAACCUUUUUUUUAUAUCUGAAAAAGCAAAAAAAAAAAAAAACUCAUGUGUUUUAUGGGAUAAGUAGUUUAUUCCCAAGAGAAGUUCCACACAUUCCUCCCGAGAGGAUAGAGCACAGCGCUGCAAACAGCAUAGUCAAAAAACAGAACUCAUGUUACAGCUUGGACAAACAAGCAUAUAGUGUUUUUUUGGGGGGGGGGGUUUAUAUUUAUUUUUUUUAUCGAUGAUAAGAUUAUAUAAUUAUUUUAACAUUACGAAUUGUGGUUCUUCAUUACUGACAAUCUGACAUUGAUUCACAGAGGGCAUAGCGCACCCUGUGGUCAGUUUCUGCACAGAGAGUGGAGGAGACAAAACCCAUGUUUCUCCUUCUCCAACACAGUGUGUGCCUUGGUUGUGCCAGGACUGAGCUGGAUGUGAUAUCAUUUAGCACAUUUUUCUCUUUGUCUCUAUUGUUUUGUUUUUAGCCACUCAAUGUUGUGUGUCCAGAGCAGUACACACAGCCUCCGGCCUCCCAGGCUCACCGAUCGGACCUCAUGAUAGACUGCCAACCAGCGCCCAUGUCCUACCGCAGAGCUGAAGUCCUCACACUUCCUUUCAAACGACGUUUCGAGAAAAUUGAACUCGUCCCAGAAGUGAGUUUUAGCAGUCUUGCAACUUUUCACGAGUGGAUGGCAUUCUAUGGAGCUUGUAAUGAGUGGGUGGAGCUGUGAGGUUUGUAGCGGGUGGAGCUUCUUGUGGGUGGAGCUGUAUGAAGCUGGUGAGUGGGUGGGGCUGUAUGAAGCUGGUGAGUGGGUGGGGCUGUGAUGGUAGUGGGUGGAGCUUGUUUUCAGUGGAGGUGUAUGAAGCAGGUGGGUGGGGCAGUGAGGUUUGUAGUGGGUGGGGCUUGUUUUCAGUGGAGCUGUAUGAAGCUGGUGAAUGGGUGGGGCUGUGAGGUUUGUAGUGGGCGGGGAUGUGGGUGGUGCUGUCUGAAGCUGGUGGGUGGGGCUGUGAGAUUUGUAGCAGGUGGAGCUUGUUGUGGGUGGAGCUGUAUGAAGCUGGUAAUGAGUGGCUGUGAGGUUUGUAGUCGGUGGGUGGGGCUUGUGGCUGGGGCAGUAUAGAGCUUUAACGGGGGGCUCUAUGAGGUUUGUAGUGGGUGGAGCUUGUCAUGAGUGGGUGUGGCUGUAUAGACUAGUGAGCUGCCUUGAGUGGUGGAUUUGUAAGUGGACUGUAUACGUUUUUCCAGGUUGUUUUUAUAUUGCAAUAAUUGGUGAUCGUUCGUCCAAGUCAAAGCAACCGUAGCCUUUUCUUGAAGGGCCUUGUGCUAUGUCUUAUUUUCUGCUUUUUCAUCUUGAUUGAAGAUCCUUCUUGUUCCCUUUUAUUUCUGGAUUAUUUAGCUUGCAGAAACCCUGGUACCGGUGGUAUUUAAACCAGGUAUUUCCUUGGCAACCAUUUCUGCUGUUCUGUAUACGAAGGACAACAAGCAUGUCCUGCAGGUAAGGUUUAAUGGCUCCACCAACAAAGGUACCUGCGCGUGUAUCGCUGAGAUUGUGUUUAUAAGCUAUUUAAUUACUCAAAAUUAGCUGUGUGAACUUGAAGGGGGUGUUUGCGUAUAUAUAUAUAUUAUCUUUAUUUUAUAUCUUUUUACACUUUUAUGAAUAAACCGUGAUCUGAUUAUUGACUUAAAAGUGAUAAUGUAAAGAGACAAUCCACUGUUUAAAUACAACAAAAUGUCUUUGUGCACAUAUUGUGCAUGCCCCACUUCCUAGCAUUGCUAGUUAAGGUUUGUCGUCUGUCUCUGCCAUGCUUGUAGUCUUUACAGCAUAAUAGCACCAGGAGGCACGUUCGUAAUGUCCAUCGUGCAUAAAUAUUGCCUAUUCCUGCUGCUUAGUAAUUUUAUUUUCACUGCUUCACUUCCUUGAACUGCGAGCUGCUCUGUUUUUAACCUGUUACACAUUAAAUACUUUGCAAUUUGUUGCACUGAAGAAUUAACACUGAAAUGGUAAAAAUCGAGUAAGUUCAGGAUACUUAUUGGCAGUUCAUGCCCUUGGGAAUGCUUUAAGCCACGUAACAAAGUGUUUACGGUAAUUAAGAAUAGGUUCAAGGUCGGCCUUCACAAAGUAGUUUGAUAUUUUGGUGUCUUGUUGGAAACCAUUAGAUUUACCAGACUAUCUCCCCACAAAAAUAAAUUCUGAUCCUUUUUAUUUCUAUAUUAGAUUGCUCCAAAACCCGCACAGGCCCAGAAUCAAUCUGGCAAAAAAAGGAAGAAGCCUGCAGAAGAAAUCCCAGAGAUCCAGCCAUUUAAGCCAUGUCUUAGUGGAUCCAUCCCCGUUGAACAGUUUGUGCAGACCCUGGAGAAGGUAACUGUAACUCUAGUAAAGGUCAAUGUCCUCUGCCGCAGUCAGCCACUAGGACGCUGUCUACAUUAAGUGUGGACAUCUAGACUAGUGUAGAGGCAAAAGCUAACUUUUUAUAUUUUUAUUUUAUUUGAGGCAUAAUGUAAAAUAAGAUCACAAUAAAAGCUGAUCUACAUCAGAUCAACAGUUGAGAGGCAAACAAUUAACAAAACGGCACGUAAUUAAGUAAUGAUACUCUUGGGAGGAAGAAAAAACCCUGAAAAACAAGACUUGGAUAUAUGGCUACGCAGACCAAGCACAAGCAGGAAUCCCAGAAUGCAAGGAAUUACCGCUAGCGUCAGGAGAUACAUACACUCUUAAGAUAAAGUGUCAGCCACACAGUUUUAUAUAAUAAUGCUAACUAUUACUAGUCACUUGUAGGAAUACCAAGAACCUAUAAUGGCAUCAUCUUAAUUUAUGAAGGUCGUUUGCUAUUCUCAUGCUUUUACUGAUAACUAUAACCACCAGGUAUAGGCCAAAUUAAACCGAAUGGAAGAACUUGCAAUAUAGGAUGUAAUCCUCGGAUGAGUAACUCCUCAGGAAGAACUAACUGUAAAAAUUUAAUUAAAAUUUUUUUAUCCGACACCCAAAUGUGGAAAGCUGCUCUGAAAUGACACUUCUCCGGGCCAUAGUAAGAACCAACACCACUGAGCCCUCCAACCAGAGCCGUUGAGUUAAAGUUCCAAUAGAGUCCCAAGACACUGAGAUCCUCCUGAGGUUGUGGUGGUGUGCAGGGUUCUUGACCCGGAGGGUAAAUAAUGGGCCGAGGACGGUAUAGCUGUGGUUGAGUUGAGGUAAGUUGGAGUCCAGGAUUGUGGAUACAUUACCAAAAUCAAUCAAAAAUAUCAUCAAGGGUUAAGAUGUUUUGUUUCGCAAUGAAGCUCAUGAGGCCAUAUUGGAAUUGACUGCGAUGAAAGUGCCCAGGUUAAAGCAUGUCUAUAUUGUAGACAAGCACUGAAUAACACCUUCAUUUUGGGGACUGGGAUAACCCCCAACUGGUCAAUAAAAGGGAAGGGGGGGGGGAGGCGCACAGGCAGGAUUCCACAAUCCUCUCCAGGCCGGGAAAUCGGCCAUGUCUCCUGUCAACAGACCUCACCAGCCAAACUAGGCCGCAGUAAUGCGAGCCACGAUGAUGCCCCAAAUUAGGUGCAAUGCUGGACAGACUUGCAGCAGUCACUUUAACGGUGUGACCAAUCCAAUCAGAGGACCAAAUGUGAGGCAGGUAGAUCAAUAAGUCGCUGAAUAUGCAAUCUAGCAGAACAGCUACAGUGAAGUGUGUCUUUUCAGCGAGGCAGUCAGUCCCCACUCUUCCAACGUUUAACAUUUAAUGAAAAAUUAAAAUGGCAAAUCUGGCUUUGUUUAGACAUUUGCUUUCUGUAUUUGUUUAUAGGUUAGUGACAUGGUGUGGAGAAAGUGAGGUUUGCAACAGAUACUGGUUGACUUCAUUAAAGUGGCAUCCAUUCAUUGCACUAUAUUUAAAAGGGCAUUUAUAGCACCCUAAUUACUAUACAGCUCUAAACAAAGUGUUUUAUAAUUAUUAUUAUAAAUAAUCUUGAUUCUCCUUUCUCUGCUCAGCAUGGUUUUAGUGACGUAAAAAUUGAAGACACGGCAAAGGGCCACAUUGUUCAUCUGCAAGAGGCAGACACCCUUAUCCAGUUCGAGGAAGACUCCACCCACAUAAUCUGUGAACACGACGAGCGACUAAGAGUUAGACUGCGAGACAUGGUCCUCAAAUUUCUGCAGAAGUUCUAGUUUCAUGGUGAAGAAUACACUUACCGCUGUCAGAGACCCUUUCUAUGUCGUGUCUUAACCAUAACAACCAGCAAGGAACGUACUGUCACACAGAACCUGUACUGCUACAGAUUGUGUGAUCAGUCCAUACAGUGUAAUAAAUUAGAUAUUCAGGCUACACUGGAAACCGGUUUAUAGAUCGGAUUUUUCCUCCCAAGGAGUGAAUUUUUGGAAUAUAUCGUUAGUUUAAGGCUACAUUUUUUAGGAAGAAACAAACGUGGACUUCAGUUGGUACUAAACACCUACUUGGGUAUUUAGAUAUUCUUUCCAAUAAACACUGGUCUCCGAUAGUGUCUUCUAAAUUUCGUUUCCAUAUUUUCAUAUUUUAUGUCGCUCAAAAUAGUGUCAAUGGCUUACAAGAAAGUGGGAGAUCGUCACACUUCCAGAGUGUUUCUCACCUUGCGUGGAAGUGGUGCCAGGGAUGAGGAUGAGACCAGGAGAAGAGCUAUAGUUAACAUAAUUUAUUUUUUUUAUAUGUUUUGUGCAGCAAAUGAACUGAGCAGCAUUAAAUGGACAUAAUCCGUUUUGGUAGGAUAUUUACAGUAGACUUUAAAGGAACUAUAUAGCUUUGGUAAUACAAAACUGUAUUCCUAAUGCUACAGUAUGCCUGUCCCUAACUUAUUAGGUCAUUCCACCUCCAGUGAAAGGAUUCAAAAACCUGGCACUGCUCCCAGAUCACUUCAAUGAGAUGAAAUGUUCUAGGGUGCCUACAGUGUCCCUUGGAUAUAGGGUAACAUCUGAGUGCCUUUAGGGCAUCCUGGCAACAUUCCCUGGAAGAACAGGUCUGUUUAAUCACUGCUUACUUUAUAAUGAACAGGACCCGUACACGUUUAUGGUAAAUCGAGAAAACCCUGGAACAAACCUUGGCCAUCAGAAGCAAAUCAGUGUCUUUGGUCAAAUCCUUACAAUAUAAAAAUAGGAGGAUAAAACAAAGUUAUAAAUGUAAGUUUGUUUUGUUUUUUGAAAGGGAAAUUCCACUUUGUUUAUAAUUUUUCCACUUGGGUGAUUCUGGCAUUAAUAGGUAAGAUGGCAGUAUGGGGGGAUAGGGGUCCCUCUUAUACAUGGAUCCAUCACAUUGGCUUCGAUAAACUUUUUGCUGGAUAUUUAGAUACAGCCACAAACUGCCUACCUUCAUCCAAUGUCUAACACAGCCCUAUGCCAAUACUGAAAGCAUAACGGUGUAUGGGAGGGCAGAAUAAUUCAAUAUUCGGGAAAAACAAUAAAAUAUAUAAAAUGCCAGUUUUGCUUUUUCCCCUUCCUGUUCGCACUCCAUAAGACAGUGCAUUAUUUUUGUCUUUACCUUUUUUCUUUCAGCAGAGUUCAGCUUGCUGUAUACGGUACCAAGGGCGAUCCCCCAGCAGUAUCCCCUUUAAGUGACCAUACUCAGCCUAUUUGUAAAAUGAUAUAAUCUCCAAAAAGAAGCCAUUUGCUUACAGGGUUACCUGUUUGUUGUCUGAUUUAACGUUUUAUCUUUUCGCUCAGUGAGAUGAACAGACAGAGCAGUUUCCGGUUUACCUUAGAAACUAAGAUAGAUUUAGAUUGGCUCCUGUAUUAGGCCACUCAUUCACUGGCGUUAUUGUAGGACCAACCACCUAACCAUUUCACACUUUGAUCAUAAAGAUAUGAAUACAAGAUAGACUUUAAUAAAAUGUCACGAGUUUAAAAUAACUUUCUCAGAGAUGUUGCUGAUUGAGGUUUAACCCCUUAAGGACACGUGACAUGUCAUGAUUCCCUUUUAUUCCAGAAGUUUGGUCCUUAAGGGGUUAAACAGAGCCUUUCUUUUAUAAAACAGUCAAAAAAAAGGACAUUUCCCUUUAAGUAAUGUUUGGACAUAAUCCUAGCCAUGAAUUAACCUUUUGGAAAGACUUAAGUUGUAUGUACAAAUCUGUCUGUUUUAUGCAUAUGUUUUUUAUUUUUUUUGUUAAACUUUAAUAUUUAGAUACAGACUUUUUUUUUUUUGUAAUUCUUUAUUUGUGUUAUGCAUAGUAUAUCAAACAUGCUAGAUACAGACUUUUUAGUAAUGUGUUUAUAUUUUCUUAUUAAUAUUGCGCAAAAUAAUGGAACAAUUUAAUAUUGCAAAGUAUUUGU